AUGCACCAAAGAUGGUUGAGAUGGACUCGGCAGCUGCUUCCAGUUCGGCCUCUGACAACCAGCGCUCUCUUUAACUUUGCGCCCACGCGCCCAGCUCGAUGCAAUCUUCAAGCUAUCUCUUAUGGCUUCUAUUCUAGUGUCCCAUGGCCGCAACAAGACCACGGCCCCCUUCGCAAGCAGCUAAAAGACGCUGCAAAGGCAAUUCGGGCUCUCCCACCAGCUCCGGCUGCCGCUGAGAAUCCAGAUAGACUCGCCGAUUGGGAGUUGACCGUUGGCAUUGAAAUCCACGCUCAACUCAAUGCUUCUCGCAAGCUUUUCUCACCUGGCAUAACUGCGCCGACUACGGUCCCAAACAGUCAAGUGGCUCCCUUCGAUAUCGCGUUGCCUGGCAGUCUCCCAGUCCUUCAACCGGCUGUUAUCCUACCUGCUCUUCGUGCGGCCACCGUUCUAGGUUGUACAAUCCAGCAAGUGAGCAACUUUGACCGCAAACAUUAUUUCUACCAUGAUCAGUCGGCGGGCUACCAGAUUACUCAAUAUUACCACCCCUUCGCAAAGAACGGCCGCGUGGUGUUAACCGCCGAAGAUGGGUUAGACGAGGGUCGCACCGUCACGGUGAACAUCAAGCAAGUGCAAUUGGAACAGGAUACCGCCAGAACUCAAGAGGACGAUAGCAAUACGGCGUUGAUAGACUUCAACCGUUGUGGUCAAGCCUUGGUUGAGAUCAUAUCCUUGCCCAACCUACAUUCUCCGCGAGAUGCUGCCAUCUACGUUAAGAAGAUCCAGUCACUUUUAUACGCUGUUGACGCCGUCACAACUGGCAUGGAACAAGGUGGUCUUCGAGCAGAUGUCAAUGUCUCUGUCCGUCGCCGGGGUGCCGAGGAGGGGCCAUUCGCCUACAGUGGCGUGACGGGUCUCGGCCAGCGUACAGAAAUCAAGAAUCUCAGCACCUUCAAGGGUAUCGAAGAUGCAAUCAAGGCGGAAAGAGACCGCCAAAUCAGGAUCCUCGAGUCCGGUGGCCGGGUCCUAGGUGAGACUCGAGGCUGGUCCAUGACGAGCCCCAAUGAAACAAAGAGACUUCGAGGGAAAGAAGGUGAGGUGGACUACCGAUACAUGCCUGAUGCAGACAUCCCUCCACUCUACAUCAGUACCGACUUGAUUUCUUGGAUUAAGAAGACCCUGCCACCCACAGCGAGUGAAUUGGUUGAGAUCCUGGUCCAGGAGUACUGCCUCAGUUUUACCGACGCGAUGGCGUUAGUUUCACUUGACGACGGCGAGCGAUUGAUAUAUUUCCAAGAAGUAGUGGAUGAGUUGGUGUCCAGCACCCGAUUUACUACGACUCCCAAGGAUCACGGCAAGACCGUUGGGAAUUGGGUGUUGCACGAAUUAGGUGCUCUAAUUUCCACCGAAGAAAGGCAAUGGAGCGACAACCCCGUCUCCCCCAAGUCCAUGGCUGAAAUUAUCUAUCGGCUGAAAGACAAUCAGAUUACGGGGAGUUCUGCCAAACAGAUCCUCAAGCUCAUCUACAAUGGUGACAAAAGAACAAUCUCACAUAUCAUCAAACAAGAGGAAUUGGGCUUUUCGGAAAUGUCGACCGAAACCUACCAAGCAAUUGCAAAGGAAAUAGUCGAACGAUUCCCUCAGCAUGUCAAAGACAUUGUUGAGAAGGGCAAAGUUGGGAAAUUGCAAUUCCUCAUGGGACAAAUGAUGAGACACCCACGAAGGGGUGACAUGCGUGCCCCUGAGGCCGAAAAAACACUUCGCCAACUGAUCUUGGGGAGCCGUGGAUGA